GCGACCACACUAUUUAAUUUCUGUUGGCUGUUCUACAUGGUUAAAUUUUUUAUAGCCUAGAUCAGACAGCAGGAAUUGAAGAGAGGAGCCACUUGCCCACAUGAUGCCUCCAUUUGAGAAACCACAGCACCCUAAGUCCUUCAAGCAGAGAAAAAGCUUUGCCACGAGAAAACAGGAGGUCGCGGGGAUCCGAACAAAGUUUCCAACAAAAAUUCCGGUUAUCAUUGAAAGGUAUCAACGGGAGAAGUACUUGCCGCCUCUUGAUAAAACGAAAUUCCUGGUCCCCCAAGAACUUUCCAUGACUCAGUUUGUCACCAUUAUAAGAAAUCGUAUGUCUCUGAUGCAGAGUCAAGCGUUCUACCUGCUUAUCAAUAAUAGUGGCCUGGCCAGCAUGUCUCUUACCAUGGCGCAAGUCUACAAGGACCACAAAGAUGACGAUGGCUUUCUCUACAUGACCUAUGCUUCUCAAGAAAUGUUUGGUAAUUGUGUUGAAAUCCACGAGGAGUCAUUGCCAAUUGCUGGAAAUGUUUGAGAAGACAUAAAUUGCAGGAUUGGAUAAUGUGAGGCCUCGGCUUUUGGCAGGCCCAAUAACUGAACUUCGUGUAUAGAUAUAAAAUGCAAUAUAUGGAUAUUUAAUAUUACUCAAUGUUUUUGUAUAUUGUUUUUAAGGUAAUAAAUGUUUGAAACUUUUGA